AUGGCAGAACUCAAGUUUGGUGGUGGCAGCGGGGGUCCGCGCCCCAGCAGAGGACCUCGCUCCCACGCAGGGAAGGGCGAUUCCUCCCUGCCGCGAGCCCACGCGAGGCGAGGAAACUGCGGCUUUUCUACGCUGUGGAGCGCGUCGCCCCGCCCGCUCGUGCCCUCGCACAGCCCGUGGAAGGGUUUUCCCAAAAAUCGUCCUCCAAAAUCGCGGCAACAAAUCAACGAAUCGACAGCAGCCGUCCUCCUGCUUCUGCUCCUCUUCCUUGCGGCGGCGGCGGCGGCGGCUGUCGCACGAGCAGGUGGCAGCCGGUGCCGCGCGGCUCCUCCGCGGGGUCCGGAGGCGUGGGAGGAGCAAGCGGCGUGGGCGGCGCGGCUCCUCCGGAGGCCGUCGUCGAAGAAGAGAGCGCCACCUCGCCAAUGCAAGCACCCCAACCCGGUGCUCACCUCGCCUGCUUCUUCCUCACCGCCCGUUCUUGAGCCGCCGCCGCCACGCGCCGAGCCCGUCGACGCCGAGCUCCGCCGCCUUGGCCAGGAGGGACCGGUGAGCUCUCGCGCCGCCACCGCCCUCCGCGCCCUCGUCUUCGGCCAGAACUGGAGGGGCCGUCCUCCGGCCCCCAUGGAGGUCUCCUCCUCCGCGCGGCUCCUCCGGAUGCGGCAUCUGCUGCUGCCGCCGCUGCUCCAUCGCUGGUGCCCGUCGUGAUUUGGGGAAAACGAGAAGAGACGAGAAGACUCUAGCCUCCAGCGUGAUUUGGGGAUGGGUUAGGGUAAUAGGCUGACCGGUGGGUCCGUGGACUUAUUUAUAAGCAGUUUUAUGUCUUAAGAGGCUUUAUUGUAAAAUAUGUAAAAUGUUAAAAAUACAUAGACUGAAGUUAAAAAAGGAGGGGCUGAAAUGCAAAACCUAA